AUGCCUCUCGACUCUCGAGCCCAUCCCAACCGCACGUUUUGCUGCGGAAAUCUGGUUCCGCCUGGUUUGGCCUGCUUAAGAAUCCGUUUCCUGUCGCAUACUUCCGAUUCUCGCGUAAACUUGCAGCUCGAAGAAUUCCGCAAGAAGAAAGCGGCAGCAGCAGUAGGGGGGUCUGCAUCUUCCCGAACCGCCACUUCCGCUGCAGCUAAGCCAGCAGCCAAGCCCAUUUCUGCGGGGAAUCCCCUUCCGUCUCAGCAGCCGGUGCCACCUCGCACCACAGCCGCUGUUCCGCCCGCUAUAGGCCCACCCGCGUUUCAAUCACACCCGAAUUCCUUCGCUCCGCCCGCCUUAACACGGCCGCUGGCUCAGCCUGGCUUAGCCCAAGCUCCGGCGGCCCUACCCACGUUUAGAUCGGCCAACUUCGGAUCUCCUCUCACUCCCUUCUGGCAGCAAUCUCAGCCGUCGAUUUCAGCCGCUAACGGCCUCCCUCACCCUCCGGGGCCCCCAGGUUCUGACGCAGCCAAUGCCGCCGCUCCACCAGUUCCGUCGUCCGGGUUUCCCGCCGCGUCGACCGCCACGAGGCCGGCCGCAGGGAUGCAGCCGCUCCCGUUUGCGGCGAAGGGACCUUUGAUAACUUUUGCGAAACCGAGCGGGGUUACGGGUCCCGGUCCCGGUGGAGCACCCCCCGCUUCCGCGCUUUUUUCCGGACCGAGGGGUCCCGCUCAACCUUCCCUUGCGCGGACGUUUUCCCCUCCGCGAGAGCCUUCUUUUCCCGCGCAACCCGCUUCCCGAUCCGGUCUUGCGCCAGCCCCGCGCGUUGCGCCUCCGCUCUCGCGCACCUUUUCCCCACCGGCGGAAACGUCUCAAGCGCAAAAGUCCGCCGGUGCGCCUCCGCCUGGCUUCCUUGGCGCGCCAAGCCACGCACUUUCCGCCACCCCAGCCGGUGCGCCUAACGCCGCCAAGCCCUCCCUUCUUCGCCCCGCGCCUGAUGCGCAGCCGUCCCGCGCAUCCCCUCCGCCACCCGCCUUCUCUGCGCCCCCGCCAGUGAAGGUCGGGGGAGGCGCAGACGGCGCACGGCCCCGCCCGGAUUGGAUGGGGGGAGGCUCGAGUCAAAGCAGGGCCGCACCUGCCGCCGCAAUAAGCGCUGGUAGCAGCACGGACAAGAGGGGUGGAGGGGCGGAAAGAGAGGCAGAGUUACAGAACAGCGGCGGGCGCAAGGAAAAGGAGGAGAGGGAGGGCAUUACGCAUGUAGGCAUGGCGGGGGAGGGAGCAGCAGGGCCUGGAUCAGUGGACUCGUUACAAGAGCAGGACCUGCUCGCCUAUGAGGUGCUGUCACCUGCCGAUAGCGAAUCCAGGCUGCAACAGGGACGUACGGCAGAAGAUUCAAGGGGAGCGGAGAACGAGGCGCACAGUAGGGCUGCAGAGGAUUCGCCUCCGGAAGCGAGUAUAGGGAAAUCGUCUGGGAGCAUUGGCACUACAGGUGGUGCUGUUAACGCUGCUGAAUCAUCUGACCUAUCCACUCCAGCAGCCAGCUUUGUGUCUACCUCCCAUGACUCCCUUCAAGGCUCAUCUGCCUCUGCUCCUCCUCUCACUGCUCCUCCUCCGGCCUCUUCCCUUCUUCCUCCUCCUGUGCUAUCGCCCUUCUUCACCCCUUCAGCACCUUCCGCAGCAGCCCCCAGGCCUGUGGCGAAGCCUGCUCGCGCGUCCUUUCUCCCUUCCGCCUACACCUCCGCGCUCCCCUCCUCCUCCGCUGCCUCCCCUUCCCCCUCCGUCUUCGUCCCCUCCCGUGCGCCGCACCUCUCAGCCCCAGUUCCCGCAAUAGCUGAUGUCAACUCCCCCAUUGCCUCUCUGGUGACUCCAGUCGCAGCCCCCACCAGCCAGUCCCCUGCCGCCCCGCGCCAAGAGGAUAGUGUUGAUUCAAACGCCGGUUCAACUCCUGACUCUUCGUCUGUUACUGUCGCAGAUGAUUCUGAGUUGCUGCAUUUUGCAGCGUCUAGAGGCUUGGAUACGGCUCAAGUGAGCUCUCCUCCUGAUACCCCUGUGUCAGCGUCUGAGUCUGCUUCCGUGCACAGCCAGAAGGAAGUUACUAAUGAGCCUUCACGGGGCAACGGUGACGCCUUGGCGGCUAGUGAACCGUUGUCUCCUAGGACGCUGCCUCAGGAGGAGUCUUCCAUUGCUGAGAAGCUGAGGUCGCCUGAGAGGCCCAAGGGUUCUGCCUUUGCCCGCCUGUUUUCCGCUGCUCUUUCCCCAGCCCGGGGGAUGAUGAGGGGCGACGGCGGCAGGGGCAGAGGGAGUGGGAGUGACGCUAGGGCUGUGGAGGGUGAGGAGCAGGGGGCACAGGGGGGGUCUCUGGAGGGGGUGAGAGAGGAGGAGGUGGAUCAUCAAGGAGCGGCAUUAGGGAGUGUGGGCGCAGGAGGGGACGGAGGAGCAGCAGGAGCAGUGGUAGCAGCAGACGGUAUAGGGGUUUCUAGCCAGGAGCCAGCGAGAGACGUGCUGGGUAGGGUUGAGACGCAGACGCAAGGGCAGGUUCGCACUGAGAAUGAAGUGAGCCAGCGUGAGCAGGAGAAAGAGGGGCGUGAGCAUGCGAAGGGCGGUGAUUCACAGGGGCAUGAAGCAGGGGAGGAGGUGCAGGAGAGAGCGGGAGCAGCGGAAAGCUGGCGAGAUGGCGAGAAAGGGGAGGAGGGAGAGGUGGGCGCGGGUGCGGAUGGUGAGGAGAGUGACGAGGUUGUUGGGAAGAAGAGCGAGGUCCAGAAAGGAUCGGAUGGGGGCCGUGACGGUUCGUCCCGCCGCCGGCCUAAGUCUAUCUCCUCUUGGUGGAAUAUCAUCGCCCCUGCUCCCAGAUCAGAGGAGAGAACAGGAACGGCGAAGGGGGCGGAGGCUGGGAGUAGAGAGGUGCAGAAGGAGGGAGAGGAGGGAGAGGAGGAUGACGAAUGGGGCGUGGGACUUUUGGGUGGCAAGGGGAACCUGGGAGGGCAGGGUCUAGGAGGGGGAAAGAGCCUGUCAGCCUCAGAUCUGAUUAACGUGGGGCAGGCUGUGAAGGGGGCGGGUGAUGAUAUGAAGAUGGGGGUUGAUGAGGUGCCUGCUGGUAGGUGGCAGUCGUGGGGUGAUAGAGGGCAAGCUCAAGCAGUGCAUGGUGGGCAGGUGAAAGGUCUGCAGGGGAGGGAGUGGGAGGAGCGGGAAGAGAAGCAGGUGAAGGAUGGGGGUGCGAAGGGGGAGGCGGUAUCUGGGGCGAAAGGGGAGGUGGUAUCUGGAGCGGGUGCAGCGAGAGCGGAGGAGAAAGAGGAGGGGCGCAAGCAGGAGUCGAAAGGAGGGUUUUCAAGACCAUCAUGGUUGAGAGGGCUGAGGAAGCUUGCCUCUGCUGCCACCACUCCCUCUGCCUCCCCUCAGAAAGUCUUCCCUUCUCCUGACCUUGAUCCCUUCUCAACUUCCUCCUCGUCCUCCUCUUCCUCCUCUUCCUCGUCUUUCUCUUCCUCCUCUUUCUCCACUUCCUCCUCUUCCUCCAGCACAAGCACUGUUACCAGUGUUACCACCUCCUCAGCUCCCUCCCUCUUCGACUCGCCACUCAAGCCAGCUGCGCAGAAAGAGCUUUCUUUCCCUCGCCUCACUCCAUCCUCUCACCACCCCAGCCUUAACGACUCCCUUACCAAACCCUCCGCUCUCACCUCUCUCCCUCCCAAGCAGUCCUCUGAGGAAUCUCACCAACCCUCCUCCUCCCUUGCCUCUGCAUCCUCGCCCCCUGUAUCCUCCUCUGCUCUCUCCCUUGACUCCCCUCGCAAAGAAUCGUCCUUGAACAAUCUCAACGACUCGCCUCGCGCCUCCACUAUCCUCCCCUCCACUAAUCGCCCCUCCCCUCCCUUUCUCCCCUCCACCACUGCCACUCCCUCCUCCUCCCUCUUUGACUCUCCUACAAAGCCUCUGCCAUCGUCGCUCUUUCCCUCCUCUGCAGCCACACUCUCCUCUCUUUCCUCUCUACCCUACAGCUUCUCCACCCUCUCCUCCUCCUCUCACUCCUCCUACUCUUACCCCUCCUCUCUCUCUUCACUCUCCUCCUUCCCUACACUCUCUUCCUCUAAAGACGUCCUUAGCGGGGCGCUAGGAGGAGGAUUAUCUACGAAGGACCCUCUCUCAGGAGCCUUGGGCAGUUCUAAAGACGUAUUAGCUGGCGCUUUGGGCGGCAGCAGAGGCACUUCAGCUGCAACUGCCUUCUCCUCCUCUUCUAUUUUGGGAAAGUAUUCCUUUUCGGGCGCGGCAGGGGGAUCAGGGUUGGGGUCUUCAGCUGAUAUGGACGCGAAGCUUGGGGCAGCACUGGGACUGCGAGCAACUAGUGCCACAGCCUUGAGUAGUAUCAACAGCACCCUAUCCUCUUCCUCCUCUUUCGCCUUCUCCUCCUCUUCCUACUCCUCCUCUACCUUCUCCUCCCCGUCCACAUCCUUGUCUUUCUCCUCGCAAGCUUCUGCCAAGCCAUCCAUAGCAGCAGCGUACCGCCCCUCCUUCCUCCCACCUCCAUCCUCUGCCACAGGCAGCCAGUCAUCCUCGUUAUCAGCAGGCUCGAUAACAGCAGCAUCACAGCCAUUCUCGUCCUCUCUUGCAGCACCGGGUACCUCAGCUACAGCUGAGCAGAUGGCAAAACUACGCAGCGAAUUAGGGUUUCUGCCUCCUGCCCCUGCCCUCCCAUCCUCCCUGCAAUCACGCCUGGGCCAACCCUCCCAAGACUCCGUACCUCUCCCAUCCAGACCACCAAUGACAGACUCUCCUUUCUCCGUUCCUUACAUAGAGGAGCUGACAGAGGAGAAGUUCACUCUGCAGCGGCAGCUGGAUGCGGCUCGCAUGGUGGCUGAGUCUCUGGCUAAGGAGAACUCCGCUCUCACUGACGACUUUAACAGACAGGCGAAGGGCUUGGAGCAGAUGAGGGAGGAGAUCUCCAAACUCAAGGCGGAGAUGAAGGCGCAAAAGGUGGUGAUGGAGUCGCAGGCAGUGAGCAAGGAAGCAGCCCACCACGAGUCACUGGCAGCCAUCGAGCGAUCGCAGGCGCUGGCAGCAGAGGUGGUGGCUUUGGAGGAGCGGGUGCUGCGGCUGCGGUCGAAUGAGCUGAAGCUGGAGAGACAGGCAGAGGGGUUUCAGGCAGAGGCGGAGGCACAGCGGCGUGCUGCAUCAACCUUUGAAGCAGAGAGGAAGGAGCUCCGCGCCGCUGUGGAUAAGCUAAAUGAAGAGAAGCGCCAGCUCAAGGUGCAGUUGAGGAGGGCGACAGUGGGAGGCGCACUCGGCGACAUGUGGCGGGGCGACAGCACGUCCACGUCAGCAACGCCAGCUGUACCGUCCGUGAGCCAAGCAACUUCAACUGAUGAGCUGGAGGCGGCCUUCCCGAGCCAAGCAGGACCGUCUGCCAAGGCAGGAGUGUCAGGCUCGGCAUCUUUUGCUGCCGAGUCAGCCGCAGCUGUCUCGAGCACCGAACCAUUCUCUGGAAGCUCAGCAGGGGUAACAAGGGAAGAUGGAGGCUCGGCCGGACCUUCAGUGGAGGGUGGGGAGGCAGGAGAACAAGCGAGGAGGAGAGAUGAAGAGGGAGAGACACUAGGUGAAGCUGGAAGGAGAGCAGUGGCAGAGGUUCGGGCACUGUUCACGCGAAUGGAAAGUGACGGGCGGCAUAACUUGGAGGAAGUGGGUGAGCAGCUGGUGAAGAUGAUUACUGCUGCUGUAGGGGCGGCAGAGGAAGGUGCUGCUGCUGCUGCUACUGCUGGUGGUGGUGGGAGGAGAGGGAGAGGAGGCAGGGAUAGGAAGGCAGGAGAAGGGGACAAUCAAGAGGAGGAGGAAGGGGAGGAGGAGGGAGUGGUGGAUGAGUUUUUGUUGCUGCCCGCUCUGCUGCCCGGAUCGGUGGAUGUUUUGUCGGAGGAAGAGCAGAGGAGUCUGGAGAGCAUUAACAGCCUGCUGACAGAGAUGCAAGCAGAGAGGGAGCGCAUGGCACGCACACUCAAGGAGGAGGCUGCCACGUCAGCAGAGCUGAGGGCAGCAAAUGAGGAGCUAUCCCACAAGCUCGCCAGUCAGACGCAGCACAUGGAGCUGCUGGUGGCCCAAACCGUCAUGGCUGCUGCUUCCUCUGCCUCCCGAUCCGCCUCGGGCGUUUUCAACGCCCGUGUGCCACGUGUCUCCUCCUCCUCCUCUGCUGCUGCUGCUGCUGCUGCUGCUGCUGCUGUCGCUUCUGCUGCCAUUGCACCCACCCCCGCUGCUAGCGCUUCCUCUCUACCCAUUGAUCCUGGAAAUUCCUCUUCUGCUGCUGCUGCUGGUGAUGGUGCCGCCAGUGCUGCUUCUGCUGCUGAGGAGGCGGCUGGCACUGGCACUGAUGCAGUCACGGGUGCCAACCCUCCUCUUCUGCCUCCUACCGGCGUCCCUCCCGCCUUCCUCUCUCCAACUGCCAAGUCACUCUCAGCACCUUUGUUGAGCCAGGCAAACGGACAAGUGUCGCCGGCCGCUGCUGCCGCAGCCACUGCGCUGCUGGCAGGGGCGGGAAGGUUAAGUGAAGGCGGAGGCGGAGGCGGAGGCCCAGGAGGAGUGGGGUCGCCUCGAGCGGGAGGGGGAGUGGGAUCACCACGCACGCCCAGCGCAUCGGGUUACACGGAGUUCAAUGACUAUUUGGAUGAAGGGGACGAGGUGGCUGAGGAGGUGCUUUCCUGGCUGCUGCGGCUGUUCCCUAGCGGCAGACGCAACGGGCAGCCUGUGCAAUGA